CGACUCGGGAGAGCCGGCUGUGGCGGCGGCAACAUGGCGGACGUGCUGAAUGUCGGCGUGAACCUAGAGGCCUUUUCCCAGGCCAUCAGUGCCAUCCAGGCGCUGCGCUCCAGCGUGAGCAGGGUGUUCGACUGUCUGAAGGAUGGGAUGCGGAACAAGGAGACGCUGGAGGGCCGGGAGAAGGCCUUCAUCGCGCACUUCCAGGACAACUUGCAUUCGGUCAACCGGGACCUCAAUGAGCUGGAACGUCUGAGCAACUUGGUAGGCAAGCCAUCUGAGAACCACCCUCUUCAUAACAGCGGGCUAUUAAGCCUGGAUCCUGUGCAGGACAAAACUCCGCUCUAUAGUCAGCUCCUGCAAGCAUAUAAAUGGUCCAACAAGGUAAGGGAGACUUCCUAAAUAGAGCCAAUAGAGCAAAAACUAAACUUUUCUUCCAUAAGUGCGGAAAGUGAGGGUAAGUUUUUAAGUUUUUAAGUUUUGAUUCAGCAUGGGCUUAUAGAGUUGGAAGUUUCACAAUUUUCCUAUAAGCUAUUUUGUAGUCCUUUGACGUCUUUGCGGAUUAGUAAUGACACUCAGGUCAUUUUAAAGAGAAUCCUGAGUCAGGUGUAUUGGAGAUGGGUGUAAUGAGUAGCUCUUAUGAACCCCUUUGUAUUAUAUGCAGUGUGUUGUGGUUUGUGCAUUGUUGUCUGGGCAAGGUGC